AUAAUAUAGGAAACUAGUCUUGGAAAUUUAUCGUUAUUCGUUAUUUCAUUUUCAUUAUUUGAAACUACGCUACUGAACAUUGAACACUAUUCUUACUUAGGAAAUGAAGUGUGAUGUAAUUCAACAGUGCUCUUGAACAUCGUUAGUUCAAUAAAAAAAAAAAAAAGUAAAACUUCUAAAAAUUGUGGAUUCUGUUGAUUGUAUGAUAAAUUAAAACUACAAUAAUGGACAAGUCAAUCAGUAAUGAUAAUACAACUUUAUUAAGAGAUUUCAAUGCAGCUCAACUUGAUCACGAGUGGUCUUCUUUUAUGAGGAUGGGACCUCCACAUUUGCCUACGUUCAAAGUUUCGUUACAUUUAAAUGGUUCUGUGUUUGAUGGUUUUGGCUCUUCAAAAAAAAAAGCUAAAAUAAAAGCAAUAAUGAACUACAAAUCAUCUAUCAUAAAUGCUGAUUCUGGAACUAAUAUUACUAUAGAAAGUGAUGAACCGACUCUCAAAAGAAAAUGUACAGAUGAUUUAAUGGACAACAUUCCAUCAAAAAAAAUUUCAAUUGAACCUCAAGUUGUACAUCAAACAUCUGCAAUAUGUAUCUUACAUGAAAUAUUUCCAGGACAAACCUUCACAUAUGAACGUGAAGAAUCCCAUGGUUUAUUGAAAACAAUGAGUAUCAUUGUUUCUGGUAAUAAAUAUAUAGGUUAUGGAAAAAGUGAAAAAGAAGCAAAAGAAAUAGCAUGCCGUAAUGCUUUAAAAUCCUUGUACGAAGCACAGGCAAUAAAUAAUAUGAAGUAUAAAAACCAAAUAGAAAUGUUUUGCAUUGAUUAUGGUGAUUCUAAAAUAAUUGAUUAUUUUGCUGGAAUCACAGACAAAGUAUAUCAACAAUUAGAAUUUACUGAAAAUAAAUUUAAAGAAUAUUCAGUUAUAGCAAGUAUUAUUAAAAUAACCAAAGAAGACUUGAACUCUGCACAAGUAAUUUGUUUGGCUACUGGUACAAAAUGUUUAUCUGGUAACUAUUUGAGCUUAAGUGGUGAAUCUUUACAUGAUUGCCAUGCAGAAAUAUUGACCCGUAGGUGUCUAAUGAAAUUCUUUUAUAAAGAACUCAUGAAAUCUGUAAAAGAUCAUCCUUCUAUAUUUAUCUCAAAUAGUAAUAAAUCUAAGUUCAAAUUAGCAAAAGAUAUUACAUUUCAUUUAUACAUAAACACUGUUCCUUGUGGUGAUGCUAGAGUUUUUAGUUUUUCUGACACAGAACACCAGUCAAAUCGAUUGAAUCGAGGUUUGCUCAGAUCAAAAAUAGAAAAUGGUGCAGGCACUGUAUCUGUAUUUGGUCGAGAAGUUCAAACAUAUGAUGGAAUUGCUCAGGGUGAACGUCUUGUUACUAUGUCAUGUUCAGACAAACUAACAAGUUGGACUGUGCUUGGGCUUCAAGGAAAUUUUUUGUCGAAUUUUGUCGAACCUAUUUAUUUAGAAUCUAUAUCAAUUGGAAGUAUGUUCAAUAUAAAUCAUAUGAAGCGAACAAUUUAUGGUCGUAUUGAAAACAGUAUCAAUAAAUUACCAGAAGAUUAUAAAGUCCAUAAACCUCAACUCCGUGGAUAUAGUAUACUUCCUUAUAGAUCUACUACACAAACACCGUACUGUAUGAAUUGGAUUGUAAAUGAAGGAAUCGAAAUUAUUAAAGGAAGUAUAGGUAGAACAAUUGAAAACAAGUUAUCCAGAAUGCGGUAGACGCCGACCCGAGUUCUGAACCAUCGUACGCGUCGAACCACUUGACCACGUAACGCUUAACACGAUGUUCGACGCUGGA